AUGGAUAUAUUCGGCCGUUGCAACGGCGGCGGUGGCGGAAGCACAGUAUCCGGAAGCGGCGCUGGCACGGUGAGGGGGUCCGGUAACGAGUCCAGCUGUGGAACGGCCAACUCUGCCACCGAGAGCGGUGGAUCCAGCGGUAGGAUGCAGUUGACAGGAGCCUCGGCUCCUGGCACUGCCGCCUCGCCGGAGUCGGGCGUCUCUCCCUUGACCGACGCCUACACGAAAAUGACCAACGACAUCCUGGCGGAGAGGACCCUGGGGGACUUCGUCAGCGAGCAUCCUGGAGAACUGGUCCGAACAGGGUCACCCCAUUUGGUGUGCAGUGUUCUGCCAGCCCACUGGCGGUCCAACAAGACGCUUCCGGUGGCUUUCAGGGUCGUGGCCCUCGGCGAAGUCGGCGAUGGCACUUUGGUGACUGUUCGUGCUGGUAACGACGAGAACUGCUGUGCUGAGCUGAGAAACUCGACCGCCCUUAUGAAGAAUCAGGUGGCCAAGUUUAACGAUCUGAGGUUCGUCGGGAGAAGCGGUAGAGGGAAGAGCUUCACGCUGACGAUCACCGUGUCCACGACGCCGCCCCAAGUCGCCACGUACACCAAGGCCAUCAAAGUGACCGUGGACGGGCCGCGGGAACCGCGAUCCAAGACCAGUGAGUAUCACUUGUUGUCUCUUUUAGGGCAGCAGCAGCAGUUUCAUGCGUUCGCGUUUGCCUCCCAGAGGGGUGGACCGUUUUUCGCUUCGCCGCUGGUGGACCCGUUGCAACCCUUGCCGAAUCCCCUUCAGCCGUUGCCGAAUCCGCUGCAGCCGAGGGAUCCGUUGUCGUCAUUUAGGCACGCGAUGCCAGGCAACUGCCAAAACAUGUCGCAGUUCGGUUUGACUGCGAGCAAUUCAUGGGGAUACGGAAGCACGGCCGGUUACGCUGGUUAUCUUCCCGGUCCUUUGUCGUCGUGCGCUGCACAGGCGUCGUUCCCACCCCCGCCGCCGCCACCGCCGCCACCGCCGCCGCCGUCAUCGUCGUUGGCGUCUUUCGCGGGUACGGCGUCCAUGAACACACCGACGGCGCCGGAUUCGACAGCGGGCUCCACCGUCACUUCCGGCACCGGCGCGGGAUCCACGGCACAGCAGGACGCGUUCUCAGCGGUGUCUUCCCUGGUGCCUGACUCGACGACGACGAGCCCGACGGACCCGUUGGACCCACUGAGCAGCCUGAUGUCCGGCACGCCGAGCCAGAGGUACCAGGACUACGUGUCGCCCAGGUCCCUGUCGACGGACUCGAGCACCACCGAGAGCCCCGUGCACGAGGAACAGGCCUUCGGGCAGAACUACGGCAACUACUUCCCGUCGCCCGGGGUGCUGCCCAGCAUCCUCUACUCCCAGCUGUACAGCAAUCAGUUCCAGAACUCGGAGAGCCCGGAGCAGAGAGCGGUCGCGGACAGCUGUAGCGUCAGACAGGAGGAGGUCAGACCGGACAACAACGUCUGGAGACCAUACUGA